AUGAAGCUGACCAUUGCCAUCAUCGCGAGCAUCCUGCUCAUCAGCUUGGCCGAUCUUGCCACUGGCUCGUCGUGUGGAUGCACGGAACCAACAACACCAAAGCCAUGCACGACAACACCAACGCCAUGCUCUCCAACAACUCCCAAGCCAACAACUCCCAAGCCAACAACUCCCAAGCCAACAACUCCCAAGCCAACAACUCCCAAGCCAACAACUCCUAAGCCAACAACUCCCAAGCCAACAACUCCCAAGCCAACAACGACUUGCAGCACUGCAAAACCCACCAAGCCGACAGAACCCACCAAGCCGACAAAACCCACCAAGCCGACAGAACCCACCAAGCCGACAAAACCCACCAAGCCGACAAAACCCACCAAGCCGACAAAACCCACCAAGCCGACAAAACCCACCAAGCCGACAAAACCCACCAAGCCGACAAAACCCACCAAGCCGACAAAACCCACCAAGAGGCCUUCAUGCGGCUCCUGCGGUCCUGGUGGUGAUGCUUGCCGGGGAUGCCCAUCCCAGGAUAAGCUCUGCCAGGAGCUGAUCAACACUGUGCGCACCCUUGAGCGCAAGAUCCGCCAGUGCGUGUGCGGUCAAAAGGAUUGGACGUUGUAAGGUGGACCAGCCUUACACCCAUCUCCUGGUUUUGAUGUGUGAUUUGUGAUUCGAUCCCUGCCAGGCCUUUGGCGGGGACGGCGCUCGCCCUGGACUAUG